AUGGCGACUGCUGCCGUUGAUCUCCCAUUCCUUUCCUCGCACUAUGCCAUCCCAGAAGCCGCGUUAACGACACUAUCGGAGAAUCCAACCACAGAGCUUGUAAACCAGCUACUGGAGAGCAUCUCAAUCAAGGCUCGCGAAACAGAGGAGCUCAGAUCGGACAAGUUACGACUAGAGGUUGAGCUUGAAAAUGCUGUUCGUGGUGGUGAGGCCAAGGUGAAGGUGCUGAAGUCGUCGGUAGAGAAAGGGCUGGAGGAGAUAUCAAGCCUCCGAACCAAGCUUCAGCAAUCGGAGAAUAUUCGAUCCCAGCUUGAAUCCGAAAUCGGGACUCUAAAGUCAACUUCAUCUACGAGUGAGGCAGAAGUCGGAAGCUUCAAAUCACGUAUAGCUUCAUUGGAAGCAUCAAACCGUGACACUCUUGGACUUCUCGAGUCAAAAUCUACUGCUUACGACAAGCUUGCGGAGGAACUUUCCACCCAACACCGUAAGACCAUUGACCUUCGUCGUGAAGUAACCGCUUUGGAGCAAAAGAUACAGGCAGCCUCAUCUACAGCUGCCAGUACCCGGUUCCGCGAGCAGAGCCUACAACAGGAAGUUGAUCUUCUUAAGAAGAACAACGAAUGGUUUGAGACGGAAUUGAAAACAAAAUCUGCAGAGCAUCUCAAAUUCCGAAAGGAAAAGAGUGCCCGGAUCUCGGAGCUUCAGAGACUAAAUGAAGAAGCCAACUCAAAGGCUGAGACAUUGGAACGCAGUGAAAAUGCCCUCAAGCGACGAUUAGACGAUAUUGAGCAGAAAUACGAGGAAUCUCUUGCCAAUGUUCAACAGCUCAAGGAGGAAGCCAUCCAAGCUGCUGAAUCAUUCCGAAUUGAACUUGACAGCUCCUCUCGUCUGGCACAACUCCAACAGGCAGCUGCCGAAACUGCAAAACAGCGAAUUCAGGAAUUCCAAAUUGCUCUUGAUAAGGUUAGAGAAGAUGCCACCGAGCAGAUUUCCAGACUCCGAGGGGAAAUUGAAACCGAGCAUUCCGAUAAAGAAGCCGCAGAGCGUCGCAUUGCAGAGUUAGAACUAUCUAUCAAGCAAAUGGAGGCUGAAGGUUCUGCCGCAAGACUGCAGCCCAUGAGUCCUGGCAUCAAUAAUGGGGUAUCUACUCCUCUGCGCCCAGGAACACCUGUUGGCUCAUUCUCACCAAGGUCUUCUCGUGGCGUAAAGGGAGGACUGACUCUGACCCAAAUGUACACCGAGUACGACAAGAUGCGAACCCUACUCAGUGCCGAGCAAAAGAAUAAUGAAGAGCUCAAGGCAGCCAUGGAUGAGAUGGUACAGGAUUUGGAAUCGAGACAGCCGGAAAUUGAUGAGCUUCGUUCGGACCACUCGCGCCUCGAGGCUGCUGUAGUCGAGAUGUCUAACAUCCUGGAUACAGCCGGCAAAGAGAGGGAGGCCGCAACGCGGGAGGCUAGAAAGUGGCAGGGACAGGUUGGUGGCUUAGAGCGCGAAGGGCAAAUUUUGCGCCAGCAACUUAGAGACCUUAGCUCUCAAGUUAAGGUAUUGGUUAUGGAAGUUCACUUGUUGUCUGCCGGUGAGAAGGAGUAUGACCGGGCAGACCUCGAGAAAAUUGCUCGCGAGGGUAUCGAAGAGUCAGCAGAGGAUAUGACAGAGACUGGUCAGUUUAUCAGCCGAAACCUGACAACCUUCAAGAACCUCAACGAGCUCCAGGAACAGAAUGUUACAUUGCGCAGAAUGCUUCGGCAGCUUGGAGAUCAGAUGGAAGGUGAAGAGGCUCGCCAGAAGGAUAUUUCACACCAGAAGGACCAGGAAGAACUGAAAGAACUCCGUGUGCGUGUUCAAACUUAUCGUGACGAAAUGGCAAAUCUUGUGUCGCAAACCAAGAGCUACAUCAAAGAGCGUGAUACCUUCCGCAGCAUGCUAAUUCGACGCCGUGAAACCGGAGAGUCUUCUGAACCAUUCUCACAAUCCCUGCCCCUGGGAGCGGCUCCUCCUCUUGAUGCCAGCACUAUGUCUGCGGCCCCUGGCCCUGACUAUGCUGACCUCCUCAGAAAACUACAAGCACAUUUCGAUUCAUUCCGUGAAGAAACAGCAACUGAUCAUUCGUCCUUGAAGCAACAGGCCAACGAGUUAACGAGGAGAAAUAGUGAACUUCAGAGUGAAGUUAGCCGUGCCAGUAGUCAACUUGCGUCUGCCAUUCAGCGUGCGGAACUUUUGCAAUCUAAUUUCAACUUGCUGAAGGGCGAGAACGUGGAACUUCAAAAGAGACAUACGGCGUUGAUGGAGAAUGCGAACAAGCAGGACCUCCGUACACAGCAGGUUGCUGAAGAUCUCGUGGAAGCACGCGGUCUUGCAGAUAGCCUCACAAGAGAAAGUGCAAAUCUCAAGGCUGAGAAGGAUCUCUGGAAGAGCAUUGAGAAGCGGUUGAUUGAGGACAAUGAGGCGCUACGCAAUGAACGUAGCCGCCUUGAUUCAUUGAAUGCGAACUUGCAGUCUAUGCUUAACGAACGCGAGCACUCCGAAACAGAAAGCAGACGCCGUCUUCAAGCAGCUGUUGAGGCUUUGGAAUCCGAACUCCAAACCACCAAACGCAAACUCAAUGAAGAAACCGAAGAAGCAAAGAAGGUGACAUUACGCAAAGAAUAUGACCACGAGCAAAGCCAGAAGAGAAUCGACGAUCUUGUCACAAGCUUGAGCUCCUCUAGGGAAGAACUCAUUGCCACGAAGACGAGCAGAGACCAUUUGCAGUCGAGGGUCGAUGAGUUGUCUGUUGAACUUAAGAGUGUCGAGGAACGACUCGCGGUAUUACAGCAUAAGCCCAGCACCAGUGCUCCUGUGCCUACUUCUGGUGAUGAGUCUUCUGACGCAGUACCGGAUAACCAGUUGAGCCGAGAACAGGAGCUUGCCAUUGAAGUAUCUGAAUUGAAACGUGAUCUUGAGCUUACCAAGGGUGAACUGGAGCAUGCAAAGGAACAGGCUGAAGACUUCAAGGCCAUCAGCCAGUCAACCGAAGAAAGACUUGAGGCUCUUAGUGAUACCAAUGAGCAAUACCGUGAAGAAACCGAUCGCCUUCUCGAGGAAAAGAAUGCUAAGAUUGCUGAUUUGGAGAAACGUGUGGAGGAAAUUACUAGCGAGCUUGCAGCUACUAACAACGAGAUAUCGAAACUUCGAGGCCAAGAGGGAGAAGCACAGCGCCGUAUGGAGGACCAGAAAGAAAUGUUGGAGGCUGAAAUCAAGAGACUCAAGGAGAACGAAGAACGAUACACUGCUGCCGCACAGUACCAUCAACAGGAUCUUAAGGCACAAGCUGAAAUUGCUCAGAAUGCCCAACAGAACUACGAAAAUGAGCUUGUCAAGCAUGCUGAAGCUGCCAGAAAUCUACAGACGGUCCGGGCUGAAGCUAAUCAACUCAAAUUGGAAGUGGUUGACCUGCGAACGCAAGCGGAGACCGCUAAGAGUAGUCUAACUCAUCAAGAAGAGAAUUGGAAUGAAUUGAAGGAGCGUUAUGAGUCUGAAAUUGGGGAAUUGAACCGCCGUAGGGAGGAAGUUCUCAAACAGAAUUCACUCCUACAUGGACAACUGGAAACCAUUACUCGCCAAAUUUCUGCCUUGCAGCGCGACCGAGCCAGCAUGCCGGAGAAUACCGAGGGAGACGCCGAUGCAUCAGGUACUGACUUGGAGGGUCUCCAGGAAGUCAUCAAAUUCCUGCGCAGAGAGAAAGAGAUUGUCGACGUCCAAUAUCACCUGUCAACUCAAGAAGGGAAACGACUUCGACAGCAGCUUGACUACACUCAGAGCCAACUUGAAGAAACUCGUCUCAAACUUGAACAACAGCGCCGCGCUGAGGCCGACAGUGAGCAUAAUACUCUCAACCACAACAAACUCAUGGAAACCCUUAAUGAACUCAACCUCUUCCGUGAGAGCAGUGUUACUCUUCGUAACCAAAUUAAACAAUACGAAGCAGCAAUCGCGUCAAAGUCUGCUCAAAUUGAAGAUAUUCAACAACGGGCCGAGCCUCUUCAAACCCGCAUCCGAGAGCUUGAGAAUAACCUUGAAACUAAAGAUGGUGAAGUUAAGCUACUUCAAGAGGACAGGGACCGAUGGCAACAGCGAACACAAAACAUUCUUCAGAAGUAUGACCGUGUUGAUCCUGUGGAGAUGGAGGCCCUAAAAGAGAAGCUUGCAUCCCUUGAAAAGGAGAAGGCCGAAGCAUCCACCGAGAAGAGUACUCUUCAAGCCCAGAUUGAUGCAUUCCCGGAACAGCUUAAGCAAGCAGAGGAGAAGGUCCAAGAUCUCCGUUCGAAGCUAACUGAGCAGUUCAAAGCCCGGUCUAAGGAGCUUACGGGUAGAAUUAACGCUAAGCAAGGAGAGCUCAACAUUGCUCUUCAAGAGAAGGAGGCAAUUCAGCUUGAGCUGAACAGCACACGAGAAGAGCUCAAUGCUCUCAAAGUUAGCGUAUCCGAAAAUCAACAAGCUACCCCUGCUCAAAGCGCGCCUGAGGUGCAGCCAGCUCCAGUCCAGGUUGUAGUGUCUUCUGAACAGCCUAGUGCCGAAAAUGCACAGAAGAUAGCGGAACUGGAGGAGAAGGUUGCUAAACUUGAGGCUGCCCUGGCUGAGAAGGAAGCAGAAACGGAUGGAAAGAUCAGGGAACGCAUCGAGAAGAUGAAGGAGACACUGAACAACAAACUAGCGGAAUACAAAACUAUCCACAAGGAACAGGUCGACAAAAUGAUCGCAGCUCACCAACAGGAACUUGCGGCUAAAGCCUCUGGUGAACUCCCUCUAGAGUUAUCUGAUGGUCAAGCCAGGGAAUUGGUGGCUAAAAAUGAAACCAUCCGCAGCAUUGUCAGAAACAAUAUCAAGAAUGCCCUGAGCAGGGAGCGGGAAUCUGUGGCCAAGGAAGCAGAUCCUGCAGCCCUGAAGGAAUUGGAGAAGAAGUUUACCGAAGAAAAGGAGGCAUAUAUGAAGGAGCGGGACCAGAAAAUCAGCUCAGCCGUCGAACUGGCUGAGAAACGACUGCUGGCCAAGGUCAGUAUGACGGAGGGACGGGCCCGGAAUGUACAGGCCAAGCUGGAAGUUGUUCAGAAAGCCGCGACAGAAACACCUCAGAAGCCAGUUGUGGAAGUUUGGGAAGUUGCCAAAGUCGCCAAACCCGCACCAGCUGCUCAGGCUGCCACCCCUAAGCCUCCUGUACAAGCGCCUGCUGCCGCACAACCUACGGCCCCUGCGCCACAAGCAACACAGCAAGCCGCUCCACAGACACCUGCAGCUCCCAUGACUCCUUCCAAACCAACAUUGCCCGCUGAUUCGCAACAAACUCCAACUCCAGCAGAACGACCAGCCCAGGCACCCCAGGUAGUCCAAGCGCCUCAGCCGACUGCUCUUCCUCAGCCAACAGCUCAAGUACAGCAGCAACAGCAACAAACACAGGAGCAACCUAACCUACAUGCCCAGAAUACUCAGCAGCCUCAGCAGCCUCAGCAGCUCCAACAAUCUCAGCCCCAACAGACCCAGCAAGGUCAACCAGCCUCAGGCCUUCCUAAUAGGCCUCCUCAGUCUACACAUCAACCUGCUGCGGGAACUGGUCCUGGUGUACUUCGGGCCCUUCAAUCAGGCUUACCCGUAGCUCGUGGUGGACGUGGUAGGGGUGGUCCUACAGGCCAAGUAAGUCAACCACAUAACGUUGCUAGUCAGCACGGCACGGGUCUGCAACAACCACAACAAGGCCAGCAAGGCCAGCAACUUGGAGCGUCGCGAGGCCAUGGUAUCCCCCGUGGUGGCGGCCGUGGCAGAGGAGGGCCUGGCCGUGGUGGAGCACAGAAUGUACAGACUGGAAAUCUUCCAGCUGGGACGAGCCAAUCGAGCCCUAGAGGUGGACGGGGCGGACUAAACGCUCAUGCCCGACAGUUCAUCCCUCAGGGCAAUAAACGAACAAGAGAAGACGGAGCCGAAGCCCCUGACACAGGAAACGGAAAACGUAUCCGUGGAGGUGGUGCAGGCUCAGGCUAG